AUGACGUCUCUUAAUAAAACGACGUCUCCUGACUCGGCGCCGCAGUCAGAAACACUGCAGCAUGACUUGACCUUGCGCGUCGCGAAAUCCGUCUCUUUAACCCUUGGAGCUGACUCUCUCGUGGUCGCCGACGACCGUUCUCCCAAAUCGGGCCGGGGCUGUUGCGGGCUACUUUCAAAACCAAAGACAAAGCAUGUUGUCUCCCUCUAUAAUAUCGUGGACGCCCAAGUGACAAGCUCUGAGCUUACCAUCACCUACGCGGUCCCGGGCAAAACAAACGGCGUUACCAUAACCCCUCUCACAUAUCCUCUUACCGAUGAAGAAACGGUGGAAGCAUCCAAAUGGGUUGGCAAACUUCUCGAUCUUGCAUACAAGAAUUCACAGCAGAGAAAGCGACUCAAGGUUUUGAUCAACCCAUGCGGCGGAAAAUCAAACGCUGUCUCUUUAUAUGAAACUUACGCUGCGCCAGUCUUUGCUGCUGCACGAUGUGAGGUGGAUGUACAAACUACCGAGUACCAGGGACACGCGGUGGAAAUUAUGGAGAAGCUCGAUGCCAACGCCUACGACGCGGUUGUCUGCUGCUCGGGCGAUGGUCUUGUCAACGAGGUCUUCCAAGGAUUUUCCAAGCGACCUGAUGCACGAGCUGCAUUGGCGAAGCUGGCAGUCUCGCUUCUUCCAGGUGGAUCUGCCAAUGCAUUGACUUUGAACUGCUUUGCUGAUAAUCGCAACGUCUCCUUUGCGGCAUUGGCUACUGUGAAGGGUAUUCGUACUCCUUUGGACCUCGUCUCUGUGUCCCAGGCGGAUGGAACGCGGUUCCUUUCAUUCCUUUUCCAAGCUACUGGCAUCAUUGCGGAAGCGGACCUUCAUACAGAUCAUUUGCGAUGGAUGGGCGAGCUUCGAUUCUUGUAUGGUUUCUUCAAGAGCCUGAUGGCGCAUGAGGGCUGCCCUUGCGAUCUUGCAGUGAAGGCCGUAACUGCUGAUAAGCAGGAAAUGAAGGAUCGCUACGCUAAGCUUGCAGCUCAAGAGUAUGAUCCUGAAGCUGAUCGAAUCCGUGUCGAAGCCGCCGAGAAGGACCCAGCUCUACCUGAAUUGAAGUACGGUGGAAUGUCUGGCGAUGUCCCUGACGACUGGACGGUUCUUCCGGGUGAGACUAUGGGAGUUUUCAUGGCUGGAAAUGUUCCUACUAUUGGCAGUGACAAGAACUUCUUCCCUGCAACAUGGCCAAAUGAUGGACUUAUGGAUGUCCUCACUAUUGAUAAUAGUGUUGGCCGCUGGAGGUCACUCGAUUUGAUGGACGAGAUCCCCAAGGCGAAGUUCUUCGACAGGAAAGAGGUGAAUUAUCACAAGGCUCUUGCGUACCGUCUUGUGCCUCGCCAUGAGAAUGGCGCUAUUAGCGUUGAUGGUGAGGGGCUUCCAUUCCAAGCGUUCCAGUGUGAGAUUCAUCAGGGUUUGGCCACGGUUUUGACCAAGUCGGGCACUCACCUUGAAUCCUUUGGACCUUGA